AUGCCGUGCAAAUACAUGUGGUUGACCAGGGCCUUCUCCCUUUCAGUGAUCUGCCUCAAUGGAGGGAUAUGGACAGGAGAGGCCUGUGAGUGUCCCACAGGCUUCACAGGAGAUCAAUGUCAGCACGUGGUCAAUGUCUGCCUGAAUGGAGGCUUCUGGGAUGGGCUGAAGUGUCAGUGCACCAGCCUCUACUACGGGCCGCUGUGUGAGACUGUGGUGGAGAGCAUCGAGAUCGAGCCACCACCACAGACUGUCACUGCCCAAAUGGAAAUGACCGUGACAGUGACUAAUGAGGAGUACAGUGAUAAUCUACAGAACCGGUCUUCGGAGGAAUUCAAGAGGUUCAAUGACACAUUCACAAAACAGAUGCAAAUCAUUUAUUCUGGAAUCCCCGAGUAUGAUGGAGUCAACAUCACAGGGUUGAGGCGCGGCAGUGUGGUGGUGGAGCAUGAGGUCAUCCUGAAGGCCAAGUACACCCCAGAAUACAAGGAAGUCUUCCAGAAGGCCACUGAGGACGUGAAGGAAAAAAUCUACAAUGCCACCAAAGUGCAAAUAAGCAACAAUGACAACUGCACAGCCCUGUUGUGUUUCAACUCAACUGCCACCAGGGUGCAAAACGUCACCGUCACCCAGUACGACCCUGAAGAGGAAUGCCGGGAGAAGGCUGGGGAAGAAUUUGCUGCCUUCUUCACGGUGGAGUACAAGGACCAGAAACCCUACUGCAUCACGCCCUGCAUGUCCGGCUUCAGUGCCUCCCUGGACUGCCACUACGGCAAGUGCCAGCUGCAGCGCAGUGGCCCGCAGUGCUACUGCCUGAUCACAGACACUCACUGGUACAGCGGAGAGACCUGUGAGUGGGGCAUCCAGAAGAGCCUGGUGUACGGACUCGCGGGGGCAGGCGCCGCGGUGGUGCUGGUGGUCAUUGUCGUCCUCUUGGUGUUCACACUCCACUCCAGGAGAGAGGUGAAAAGGCAAAAGUACAGAGUGUCUCAGUUGUAUCAGUGGCAUGAAGAGGAUGAUGGUAGAUCUGUCCCUGGGACCUUCCGAAACAUUGGCUUUGACAUCUCCGAAGAAAGAGAUUACGAUCACUUGGACUCCAUCUAUAGUAACUUCCAGGCCUCCCUGAGUCACAUAGACCCUGCAAAAAAGGUCAAAAUUCAGAGGCCCCAGGUGGUAAUGACAUCAUUGUAA